AUGACAAGUAACAUAAAACCACUAGCACUAGACAAGAGCUUGUUAGUGUCCUUAAUCAAAAAGUGCACCACCUCUAGAGACCUUAAACUCAUUCAAGCUCAUAUCAUUCGAGCUGGUCUAGCCCAUGACACCAUUUUAGCCAGCAGUUUGAUACAAGCUGCCGCAAUCACGCUCCGUCGCCACGUGGCUUAUGCUCAUUGUAUCUUUUCUUGGACCCACCAGCCCAAUGUUUUUAUGUGGAACACCAUUAUCAGAGGGUACGCACUUAGUGAUUCACCCACCAAAGCUGUCACAUUGUACAAGCACAUGCAUCUUUGCGGCAUUUCAUCGAACAGUUUCACGCUUGCUUUUGUUCUUAAGGCACUUUGCAAGUUGUCAAGGCUUGAAGAGGGUAGGAUGCUGCAUUGCCAGAUUUUGAAGAAGGGGUUGUGCUUUGAGACACCAGUGAUAAAUGGUUUGAUGAGAUUGUAUUGUAUUUGUGGGUGCGUUAAGUUUGCGCGUUAUCUGCUUGAUGAAAUGCGUGACAAGGAUAUGGCGUCGUGGAGUAUAUUGAUUUCCGGGUAUGUGGAGAAUGAUAUGAAGUCAGAGGCACUGGCAUUGUUUAAAUAUAUGCAAGUAGAGGGUGUUGAUACAGAUGAGUUUACUUUGGCUAGUGUAGCUAGGAUUUGUGGGCACUUGGGUGCUUUAGAUUUAGGCAGAUGGGUGCAUUCUUAUAUUGACCUAAAGAGUAUCAAUAUAGAUGUUGUCUUGGGUACUUCUUUGGUUGACAUGUAUUCAAAAUGUGGAAGUUUGGAUGAUGCGCUGAUAGUAUUUCAGAAGAUGGUAAAGAGAGAUGUUGCUGCGUGGUCUGCUAUGAUUGGAGGGUAUGCCAUACAUGGAUAUGGUCAGAAAGCUUUAGAAUUGUUUGAUAGUAUGCGAAAAGCUGAUGUCUAUCCAAAUUCUGUCACAUUCACUAGUGUCUUGUUUGCAUGUAGCCACUCGGGUUUACUUGACGAGGGGUGUAAACUUUUUGAUAGCAUGCAAGUGGAGUAUGGGUGCGUUCCAGAGUUGGAGCAUUAUGGUUGUAUGGUUGAUUUAUUUUGUCGCUCAGGGCAUGUUAAUCGAGCGAACGAAUUCAUUAGAACAAUGCCCAUUAAGGCCAAUGCAAUUCUGUGGCGAACUUUGCUCACUGCUUGCAAGACCUACGGAUACAAAGAGCUGGGGGAACGUAUUAUCAGAGAUUUACUCGAGUUAGAACCACUAGGUGGUGAUAAUUAUGUUCUUGCGUCGAAUCUAUACGCUUCACUUGGUAAGUGGUCAAGUGUGAGCAAUCUUAGAAAUUUAAUGAAAGACAAGCAAGUGAAGAAGGAACAUGGUUGGAGUUCCAUAGAGUUGGAUUUCACAGUGCACCGUUUUGGGAUGGGGGAUGAAUCACAUCCAGACAGUGAUAAAAUUCAUGAAAUGCUUGAUAGAAUAGCUAGAAAAUUGAAACAAGUGGGACACAUAGCGACCACUUCUGAGGUGUUGCAUGAUAUAGAUGAUGAAGAAAAAGAAAAUGCAUUAGGCUUUCACAGUGAGAGGCUUGCUGUAGCUUAUGGUCUGUUGCAAUUGCCCAAGAAUUCACCAAUCAGAGUGGUGAAGAAUUUACGUGUGUGCAGAGAUUGUCAUAUGGUUUUGAAGUUGAUCUCUAGAAUUUACAAACGCGUAAUCAUUGUGAGAGAUAGAGUUCGGUUUCACCAUUUCCAGGAAGGGAAGUGUUCAUGUAACGAUUAUUGGUAA